UCUGAAAACCAACUGCAAAAUCAUAAGUUUUAAACUUGAAAGAAGAAAUUGGAAAACGAAGUCUACGGGAAGCUUCCCUCGCAACUCUGUCUUUCUCUCGUGGACUCGAAUUUCUAACCAACUCAUAACUUGUGUACGCGUCUGCUUUUCUCCUUCUGAAAUCAGAGUUCAAACUGAAAAAUAAUUCUAUAAGAGAAAGAAAUCAAUCAUAUUACUGGACCAUCAACAUAUUGUGGCACUUGUGGUUCACACCAUUGUUCAUGUUCCCUUAAUAUGAGGUUUUUUCUUCCUUUGCUCUUGCUCUGAUUGAAGCUGGAGUUAUGGAUCACUACCGUGAGAAGUUCGUGAGAUUUCAAGAUUCGAGAUCAGAAAAAGGUUUUAGUGAGCAAUCUUCGUCUAGUGGUGGAAUACAUCCGAGCAGACUGAAUUCUGUAGUAUACUCAAUUUCAGACAAGUUUCAUAGAGGUGUAGAAGCUGGAUCUGAUAGAAUCAGGAGGUUCAAGGGAUCAAUAAGAUCUUUCUCUUUGAAGAGGCUUUUGAUAGAUGAUGAGGGACCUAGGAGGAAAAUUCUUGAUCCUCAAGGACCAUUUCUUCAGAAAUGGAACAAGAUUUUCGUGUUGUCUUGUCUGAUAGCUAUCUCCUUGGAUCCCUUGUUUUUCUACAUUCCAAUUAUCAAUGGGGAAAAGAAAUGCCUUGAUUUGGACAAGAAAUUGGAGAUUGCUGCUAGCAUUCUACGAUCUUUUACGGAUAUCUUUUAUCUCACACAUAUUAUUUUCCAAUUUCGUACGGGUUUCAUUGAUCCUUAUUCACGUGUAUUUGGAAGAGGAGUCCUAGUUGAAGAUACCUGGAAAAUAGCAAAAAGAUAUCUGACAUCAUACUUUAUAAUUGAUAUUCUCGCAGUUCUUCCACUUCCGCAGAUUGCAAUUCUCAUCAUCAUUCCAAAGAUGAAAGGAGCAAGAUCUUUGAACACCAAGAAUUUGUUGAAAUUUGUGGUUUUAUUUCAAUAUAUACCAAGGGUUCUCCGGGUCUAUCCUCUCUAUAAAGAAGUCACAAGAACUUCUGGCAUUCUUACUGAAACAGCAUGGGCUGGAGCUGCCUUCAACCUUUUCCUUUACAUGCUUGCCAGUCAUGUGCUUGGAGCCUUUUGGUAUUUGUUUUCAAUAGAACGUGACACUACGUGCUGGAUAAGAGCUUGUGGAGAUCAAUCUGCAUGUAGAAAUGCUUCGUUUUAUUGUGACGCCGACCAUGCAAGAUUCGCAGAAAAUCUGACUAAGUUGUGCCCUAUACAGCCUCCUAAUACAACACUUUUUGACUUUGGGAUAUUCCUUGAUGCUCUUCAAUCCGGUGUUGUCGAAUCAAAAGACUUCCCUCAGAAGUUAUUUUAUUGUUUCUGGUGGGGUCUGCAGAAUUUAAGUUCCCUUGGUCAGAACCUUCACACAAGUACUUAUGUCUGGGAAAUUUGCUUUGCAGUUUUUAUAUCUAUAUCCGGCUUGGUGCUAUUUUCGUUUCUGAUUGGAAAUAUGCAGACUUAUCUGCAGUCUACAACUCUAAGGUUAGAAGAGAUGAGGGUGAAAAGGCGAGAUGCAGAGCAGUGGAUGUCGCACCGUUUACUCUCAAAUAAUUUAAAGGAACGAAUCACAAGAUACGAGCAUUAUAAAUGGCAGGAAACUAGGGGUGUUGAUGAAGAGAAUCUUAUCCGGAAUCUUCCUAAGGACCUUAGAAGAGACAUAAAGCGACAUCUCUGUCUGGAUUUACUUAAGAGGGUGCCACUAUUCGAGAAAAUGGAUGAACAGCUGCUCGAUGCAAUGUGCGACUGCCUGAAACCAGUUCUUUACACUGAGCACAGUUACAUAGUGCGAGAGGGCGAUCCAGUUGACGAGAUGCUAUUCAUCAUGCGUGGCAAAUUGUUCACUGUGACAACUAAUGGAGGAAGGACCGGGUUUUUCAACUCUGAGUAUCUGAAAGCAGGUGACUUUUGUGGCGAAGAACUCUUAACUUGGGCUCUGGACCCUCAUUCAUCGUCUAAUCUCCCCAUCUCCACUAGAACCGUACAAGCCCUUUCAGAAGUCGAAGCAUUUGCUUUGAUGGCUCAUGAUUUGAAGUUUGUGGCGUCCCAGUUCCGACGUUUACACAGUAAACAGCUACGCCAUACUUUCAGAUUCUACUCACAGCAGUGGAGAACCUGGGCAGCUUGCUUUAUACAAGCAGCAUGGCGCCGGUAUUCUAGGAAGAAACUCGAGGAGUCUCUUUGCGAAGAAGAAAAUCGGUUGCAAGAUGCUUUGGCCAAGGGUGGGAGUGGCUCGCCAAGUCUGGGCGCAACCAUCUACGCCUCCAGAUUUGCAGCGAAUGCGCUUCGUGCAUUGAGACGAAAUGGUACGAGAAAGACUAGGAUGCCCGAGAGGAUAUCACCAAUGCUGCUUCAGAAGCCAGCAGAACCAGAUUUUACUGCUGAAGACAAAUGAAUCAUUCUUACAUGUAAUUGUAAUAUAUGUAGCUUUUAUUGUUUUGUAAUCAUGAAAUAUGAAUGUAUCUUGGUUGCUUCUACACAGCUUUCCAUUUUUUUCCA